AUGGGCUGGGAAGGUGGAAAUGAGCCAAACGGGACAGAGGGGCGAGACUUCUACAUCCCUAUGAACAACCGCUCAGGGCUGGUCCGGAGUCCUUUCGAGUACCCACAGUACUAUUUAGCAGACCCAUGGAUGUUCAAGCUGCUGGCUCUUUACAUGUUUUUCCUCAUCUGCACUGGAUUCCCCAUCAAUGCACUGACGCUGGUGGUGACAGCACAGAAUAAGAAGCUAAGACAACCUCUCAAUUUCAUUCUGGUUAACCUGGCUAUAGCUGGUCUCAUCAUGGUGAUCUUUGGAUUCACUGUUACUUUUGCUUCUUCACUUAUGGGAUAUUUCUCUAUGGGAAAACUGGGAUGCACUAUUGAAGGCUUCAUGGCUACACUUGGAGGUCAAGUAUCCCUGUGGUCUCUGGUGGUCCUGGCUGUUGAGCGUUACAUUGUUGUCUGCAAGCCAAUGGGUAGUUUUAAAUUCACUGCCACACAUGCUGGAGCAGGGUGUGCAUUCACUUGGAUCAUGGCACUGUCCUGUGCAGUACCACCUCUGGUUGGCUGGUCAAGAUACCUUCCUGAGGGUAUCCAGGUGUCAUGUGGACCAGACUACUACACUCAAGCUCCUGGUUACAAUAAUGAGUCAUUUGUCUUGUAUAUGUUCACCUGCCACUUCUGUGUGCCUGUCUUUACCAUCUUUUUCACUUAUGGAAACCUGGUCUGCACUGUAAAGGCGGCUGCAGCCCAGCAGCAGGACUCAGCCUCCACUCAGAAAGCCGAGAAAGAGGUGACCCGCAUGUGCUUCCUCAUGGUCCUGGGCUUCCUAGUGGCCUGGACUCCUUAUGCCAGUGUGGCCGCAUGGAUCUUCUUCAAUAAAGGAGCAGCUUUCUCAGCUGUUGGCAUGGCCGUUCCUGCCUUUUUUUCUAAGAGCUCUGCCCUGUUUAACCCAAUCAUCUAUAUCCUAAUGAACAAGCAGUUCCGUAACUGCAUGCUCAGCACUGUUGGUAUGGGAGGCAUGGUGGACGAUGAAACCUCAGUGUCUGCCAGCAAAACAGAAGUGUCCUCUGUCUCUUAAACAGGCAGAUAGAUUUCUCUCAUGGACUGAGACAAUAUCAAUAUUUAUGUCUACAAUGGCUCAGUCUUCUAGCUCAGAAGAAUUUCAUUGGAGAAGUGC